ACCAUGCUCCGAGUCCGGACUCGCCGCAGCCGCUUGUGCCCCAGAAGCGGAGCCCGUGGCUGCUGGUACCCUCGGCGUGCCUUUCUUUUGAAAAGAUGAGGGAGGCGGCAGCUUCAGGAGGGAGGAGAAGCAGCAGCAGCAGCAGCUGACGAACUCGCCCUCUCCUCGUCCUGUCUGUUCCCGCCCGACCACCAUGAGGGAAGAGAAAGAAGCCUCCGCCGCCUCCCCCGCGCCUCCGCACGGGCACAACAAACUUGCCCGCCAGGCUCCGGAUAGCGCCUUGGCUCGUCCUGAGCCCAACAGCCUGAGGAACGGUUACGUGAAAGCAUGCGCGACCCCCCUGCCGCAAAGCUCGCCGCUGGGAUUCCUUUCGCUGCUGCCAGCCGCUUAUCGCGGGGCUCUUUUCUUCAGUCUGUGCGCGGCGGCGGCUGCCUUGGCGCUCCUCGUGUGGUGGUGGCUCCGCUGGGGCGACAACGAAAGGGCGGCGGCUCGGAGUCCCCGCGAGGCAGCCGGACUGUUCGGGCUGUGCCAGUGCCUCAGCCCCCUCUUCAGCCUCGCCUGCGCCUUUUUCUUCCUCACCUGCUACCUGGCCCGGGACGAACCCGGCGGCCUCUGGUGGCUUCUGGCGCUGCCGGUGUGUUGUUACUCGGGGGACGUGGUGGCGCUGCAGUGGCUGCUGCUGCCCCACCAGGACGAGGCGGAGGAGGGCGCCCCCCAACCCCCGCCGGCCGAACUGCAGAUGGUGGCCGGGCGGCUACUGGCCACGCUGAGCGCGGUGGCCGGGCUGACCCUCUUGCAGCGCAGCCUCAAGCUCCGCAGGAGCCUUCUGGUCUUGGUUUUCUCCAGCCUCGUGUGGCUGGUCUCGCUUACUAGCCUGGGCUCCCUACCCCCGGCCCUUAGGCCUUUGCUGUCCGGCUUCGUCGGGGUGGCGGGCUGCCUUCUGGCGCUGCUGGGUGGGGAGCGCGGCAUCUUCUCCCCUUGCUGUCCGCCGGGCCGGGGGCUGCAGCACCGUCCUCAAUAUUCUCACCCGAAGCUGCCCAGCAGCGCAGAGGAGAAAGUGCCUGUCAUACGACCCAGGAGGAGAUCCAGCUGCGUGUCUUUGGGGGAGACGUCUGCAAGUUACUAUGGCAGCUGCAAGAUGUCCAGGAGACCCUCGUUGCCUUGCAUUUCCAGAGAACAGAUGAUUCUUUGGGACUGGGAUUUAAAGCAAUGGUAUAAACCUCAUUAUCAGAAUGCCUGCAGUGGAACUGGAGUUGAUCUUUCGGUACUAAAUGAGACUCGCAACAUGGUGUCUGAUCUUCUGAGUGAUCCAGUCCUUCCCCCACAUGUGAUUUCUUCCCUGCGAAGCAUCAAUAGCUUGAUAAGUGCUUUCUCAGGCUCAUGCAGACCGAAGGUUAACCUGUUCACCCCUUUUCCGGGCUUUUACCCCUGUCCAGAAAUGGAAGACUCAUCUGAAAGAGGAGAUCGUAAGCUGCACAAGGUACUAAACAGCCGAAAUAGCUUACCAACACCACAGUUAAGGCGGAGUUCAGGAGCCUCGGGAUUGCUGCCUAUUGAUCCAUUGUCUAGAUGGGAACGCAAUAAUGGCAAAAGAUUGCAUCAUGAAUAUAAUCCAUUAAGCCAAGGAUCUUAUCCAAAUGGACCUUUGAACGCAAACCUGUUGACAAUACCAAAACAAAGAUCAUCUUCAGUGACCCUAGCUCAUAAUAUAGGAUCCAGACGAGCUGGAACUUCCCAGAACCUAUGUCCUGUGACUUCAACUAGUAAUGGAAACCGAUCACCUGUAGAAUUUCCUGAUACUGCUGAUUUCCUUACUAAGCCAAGUGUUAAUAUGCAUAAAUCUCUGGGAUGCCCACUUAGUUCUUCAGAUGUUCAGCAACAAUUUAGAACAUCUUCACCUUAUGCAUGUAGUAGUUGUGGACGACAGAUAUUCAAGUCUGUUGCAGCUUCAUUAUCUGAAUCUAUAGCAGAAUAUCAAAGCCGAAAAUCAGGUGAAGAACGAGACAGCAAUAUUUCAAAAGAUUCCACCGAUUUUACAGAGAAACUUCUGGAUGAAACAGGAAAAACAGAAAAUCACAAUUAUCAGAUGGAUCACACUGAGAAUAAUCAACCUGAUAUGGAGGAAGAUCCUUCAUUUGAACUGAUGGCAAUAGAAGACCAUGACUCAUUAAUGGAGAAAAUGAAUAAUUGGAAUUUUCAAAUAUUUGAUCUUGUUCAAAAAAUGGGAGAUAAAUCUAGAAAAAUCCUUAGUCAGGUUGCAUUCACAUUGUUUCAAGACACUGGUUUAUUUGAAAUUUUCAAAAUACCAACUCGGCAAUUCAUGAACUACUUUCAGGCACUAGAAAAUGGUUACCGAGACAUUCCCUAUCACAAUCGGAUACAUGCAACAGAUGUUCUUCAUGCCGUGUGGUAUCUUACAACAAGACCAGUUCCUGGAUUUCAGCAAAUACACAGUGAUUCUAUGACAGGAACUGUUAUUGAUACGGAUGACGGUAUUUCAACUGGCCGAGUUACUUAUAUUUCUUCCAAGACCUGUACAAUUGUUGAUGAGAACUAUGGAUGCUUAGCCUCAAAUAUUCCAGCCUUAGAAUUAAUGGCUUUGUAUGUAGCAGCAGCUAUGCAUGAUUAUGAUCAUCCUGGUCGUACAAAUGCUUUUCUGGUAGCUACAAAUGCUCCGCAGGCUGUGCUGUACAACGACAGAUCAGUUCUGGAAAAUCAUCAUGCAGCUGCUGCAUGGAGCCUUUUCUUAUCUCUACCAGAAUAUAACUUUCUGCCUAAUCUUGAUCAUGUACAGUUCAAACGAUUUCGAUUCCUAGUGAUUGAAGCAAUCCUUGCUACAGAUCUCAAGAAACAUUUUGAUUUCCUUGCUGAAUUUAAUGCCAAGGUUAACGAUGGAAACAAUCGUGGUAUUGAAUGGAGCAAUGAGAGUGAUCGCCUGUUAGUGUGUCAGAUAUGCAUCAAGCUGGCAGAUAUCAAUGGCCCAGCAAAAGUUAGAGAUCUACACUUGAAAUGGACAGACGGCAUUGUUAAUGAAUUUUAUGAGCAGGGAGAUGAAGAAGCAAGUCUGGGAUUAUCUAUAAGCCCUUUUAUGGACCGACAUUCUCCUCAACUUGCAAAAUUACAAGAAUCUUUUAUUACUCACAUUGUUGGUCCCCUCUGUAAUUCUUAUGAUGCAGCUGGCUUGCUUCCAGGCCAAUGGGUUGAUGAAAAAGAAGAUGAUAUGGGAAGUUCUGAAGAUUAUGAUGCAGACGAGUUUGAUAGUGAAGAAGAUGAAAUGGAAGAUUUUUGCACAAAACUACAGAGAAGAAAAAGCAGACAGCGAAUAUUUUGUCAAUUAAUAUACCAUUUGAAUGAAAAUCAUAAAGUAUGGAAGAAAGUAAUGGAAGAAGAAGAACUAAAUAACUCAGAAGAGGAUAAACAGUCAGAGAACACAUCCUUAUGUCAAACAGAUGAAAUUCAGGUUAUUGAGGAAGCAGAUGAAGAAGAGGAACGUCAGCAAGGAGAAGGAAAAACAUUUUAAAAAAAUUCAGACUGAUAUACAGGAUUGCUAUAGGAAGCAUUCUUUCUCGUAAUGCUGAAUUUAGACUGACACAGUUGACAGAACUAUGAAAGAUCUGAAUACUGUGAAAUGACAUUUGUUUCACUAGCAGUAUCCCACUCCUAUGCACUUUUAUCACAUGGAAUUAGAAAACUUUAUUCAGAGAUAUAUUGAAUAUUGUAUUCCAUGAUGCAAAGGUUUUAUGCCCAACUUGGUGUUCAAUUUCCUUGUUUUGCUGCCUUGCUGAAAAUAGCUGCUUAUUAACAAAGUGGUAUUUACAGUUUUUUUGGGGGAAAUCAGCAGCCUCAGUUACCAAAGUCACCAGAACAUUUUGCUUUUAAGAGCUAUUUGGCUUAAUACCUAUAAUGUUUCGGAAUGUGUAUUUUAUUUUUAAUGUGAAUCUAAAAAUCACUGUGCCUAACUACCAGUAUGAAUGCUGCAGUUCACGCCAGUUUGAUUUGCAGUAGUUUUCUUAAUGAUGUUAUCUUGAAUUGAUUUUACCAUUUGAUGACUGCAACCAGAAUAGCUAAAUUCUGGGUUUUGUGGUUAGAAUUGAAUCCCAUGUGCAUCAGUUUGAUGCUUUUUAUUGUGGUGCAUAACCUGCCAUUUUAUUUUUCUGAAAAUGUUCAGGUUUGCAGUGAGUAUACAGGCUAAUUUACUAAAGAUACACCUGUUGCCUUUUUCUCAUUGUUCUGUAAAAGAACAUAAAAGCUAUUUCACUAUUUUAAUAAUUAAGGGAUGUUAUUCUUUUAGUCAAUGUUACAAAUAUGUUCCACUCUUACUCAGGAUUCAUGUUUAGAAACAUGACACAACAGAUUUUAUAUUUACAAUCCUGUGCUAAUGCUAGGUGUCCAUUUAAAAAAAAGUCUUUCUCUAUGUAUGUAAACUUCAGACAAAUUAAAGGAUUGUUUUCUAUAAAGAACUGUUGUUCCAAACUCCAAUUUUCUUCACUUUACAAAGCAUCCAACAUGAUGAAUAUUCUUGACAAUAGCAAUCAGACAUCUUUUAGAUUAAAAAUGAAUUCUUAAAGUCCCAUAUUAUAUUGUGCCCAUUUCAGUUUCACUUUACUUUAAAAAUACACAUUGCACUGGGUUGCAGCAGACAUAUAUUUUUGUUUCUGAAUAGUGUGUCUGAUUUCAGUCCACUUAGGGUGUAAUUCUAUGCACAUUUAAGACAGAAAAAUGUCCCUAAACGCCCAGCAUUCUCCAGCCAGCAUGGAAUUGUAAGUUUUUGUAAAACGUACAUAGGAUU